CGCUGCACUAUCAGUGUCCACGACAGCGUUCCGCCGGUGCAGUCGUCCAGUUACCAGUGUUCGCGGCAGUUCGUCGUCCCAACGCGACGCGGAACGGAACGUGCGAGAACCGAACGCGGUCGUCGCGUCCACAAGUGUUAAUUAGCCGACUUGAGAUAGUUUUUUUAAAAUUUCAUUUGGUUUUUUUAAACAACAAUUGUUUACACUGAUACAUUGUUAGUAACGACACGGCCGCCAAACCUUUGGAUUAUUAUACUUAAGUCUUAUGCGGCUCGUUAUUACCGUACACAUAUUGUAGACCAGCAGUUAAUGGUCGUCGGUGGCAAACAAUAGGCGAUAAAAAGACAACGCAGGCGGGAGCAGCGAGUCUGGCGGAAUGGUCGCGUGGUCGCGAUGACGGUGGCCGAUCCUUGCAGACCGGACGCGGACCACGACGGCCACGACCAUGAAGUGGCGGCGACGCGCGUCCACGGUGUUUGCGGCCCUGUUGGCCGUCGCCGUCAUGUUGCAAACGAUGCCGGGCGGACGGGCGGACAGCCUGUGCGACACGCCGCAGUGUCACUGCGAUGACACGCAGUCAGAGGUCAAGUGCUCGUGCCGGAACGCUCCACAUGAACCGCAGGAAAUCGUGCUAAAAGCUCAAGGGCCGGGCCGCGUUCCCAGGGUAGCCACCAGCGUGUCGGUGACCGACUGCGACCGGGUGACGGUGAUGCCGAUGGCGUUCGACGACGCCAAAUCGUUGUGGACCGUCGACAUCGGGUCGGUGCAGAGACUGGAGGUUUCCGAACGGGCGUUCAGCUGGUCGGAGGUGACGACGCCGGGCGUGCAACACCAUCAUCAGGGCCUGGCCGUGACCGUCACCAACGCCACAGUGCCCGAGUUGCCGAGCUACGCGUUUCGCGGCCGAUUGCGGUCGAUAACUUUUGCGCGAGUCCGGCUGGACUCCGUCAAGCCGUUCGCGUUCAGCAGCCUACACGGCACGACGGGGCGGAUCGAGUUCCGGGAAACGGCGUUCGGGCUCAUCGAACAACAGGCGUUCAAGAAAUUCACGGUAAAAGAUUUCGUGUUGAAGGCGUCCAGUUUCGAACAACCGGCGCCCAGCCGAAUGCUCACCGAGAUCACGGUCACCGACGAACUGCGCGUGGAAGACGUCGAGUUCGCUCUGAUCCGGACUUACGCCUUCAAAGUGCACGGACCUAAGGUGUUCCGGGUGCAGAACUGCCGGGCGGCGUGCGUGCAGAGCACCGCUUUCGACGUGACCUGCCGCGGACCGGCGUUCGUCGAGGACAACUGGUUCGAACGGUUGGAGCGCGGAGCGUUCGCGGCCGUCUCGGUGGAUAGCCGCAAAGUGUCCGAAGAAGAUUUUCAGGAAUUCGUUUUCGAGAACAACACCGUGGCCGAAUUCGAGGACGACGCGUUGGUUUUCGACACCAGGGGAUUCAGACCGCGACUGGAUUGGCUGAUCGUGGGCAAGGCUUGCGAUUGCUCGACGAGAUGGCGCGACAAUUUGGUGGCCUUCUCGCUAGACUAUCCGCACAAGACCACCCGACCCAGCUUAUUGGUCGAGCAGGUGGCCUGGUGCUGGUCGACCGACACCGGCGAACGUCGUCAGAUCAAGGCUAAGCAGUACGGGGAGGCCAACUGUGCGGGUGGCAUCGCAGGGGCUCGCAGCGGUGGAAUGGGCGCGCUACACAUGACCAUGCUGGCCGUCGUGGCCGUGGCCACGCUUACCGCGGCUCUGGUGUGUUGGUCGUGGUACAGGAAACGGCGACGGAGCCAGUGGAUCAACGUGCCCGGGUCGUCGCCGCUCAAGACCAGGUCGAUAUUGAAAAACAGAGCCGGCAGCGGCAGUGGUGAUAAGCGCCGGCACAUGAUGGUCAUGCCCGAGGGAAAGACUUACCGAGAGACGGAACUACACGUGAUCGUGGAAAGCGCCGGGUCUGCAGACGGCCUGUACCGAUCAUCCGCCUCGAGUUUCAACCAAAGAAUACAACCGUUAACCAGUGAUUUAUAAUAAUAAUAAUAAUGAUAAUGAUAACAAUUUAUAUAUUAUUAUUACCUCCUAUUAUUGAUAAUUUGAUUUGUUAUUAUUUGAUUUUUGUAAUUCCAUUUUUAAAUGCCCAACGAAAAAAGCAUACACCCAGAUUUUAUUUUACAUUGUAAAAAGUAAUUAUCUUAACAGUCAUUUAAAUAUACGAACAGUAAUUGUCUUUCCUGAUUUCGAUUUGUAUUAUUUUUUCGGUUUUGAACUUUUUCUUUUUUGUAGCCCAACGACUGAAUGUAAAAUUACAUUAGUAUAAUAAUAUACAUCGGAUAAUAAUAAACUAAAAUCGAUAUUAUUGUUUUUUCGGUAAAAAUAAUAUUAUUCGCUUCGGAAACAAUAAAUAAAACGACUAUACUGUUUUUGUCCCAUUUG